AUGAGACCAUAAUCUCCUAAAUUUUUUUAAACUCAGACUAUUGCUACAACUAGAGUUGUCAAUUCUCCUCCAAGAGAUAAAAGACAUGAUUCUUGUGGUAGAUUGGCAAAGGUUACUACUUAUUAAUCGAGGCCUAAAACAACUGUUACUACUACUACAUACAGACCAGUUAUAGAAACUCGUACUGUCAAAUUAUGUACAGAAAAAAAAUGCUCAGGACAUGUAAGUUUAUAUUAAUUGUAGGAAACUUUAAUUGAAUAAUUGACUUCAGAAAAUAAUAAAUUAAAUCAAAGACUUAUUGAUCUUUAAAAUGAUUUUGAUGAUUAGAUAGAAAAAUAUGAAAGUGAAUAAUAAACUUGGAUUACUACAAAUAUUGAAAUUGAAAGUAUUAGAAAAUUACUAGAAGAAACCUAAAAAAAUCAUAAACAUGAAGUUUCUUAUUUAAAUUCUGAACUUAAUACAUUUAAAUCAUAGUUCCAAUAUUAAGAUGAUUAAAUUAGAUUCAUAACUUCACAGUUAAAAUAGCAAGAAGUACUCGAAAAUAAAAUUGCUCUUUUAACAACUGAAAUUGAAAGAUUACAAUAUGUAAUUGAAGAUAAAAAUUAAAUCAUUUCAUAAUAGUUAUUCAGAUUACAAGAUUAUGAAAAACAAUUAUAAGUUGGGCAAAAUGUAAUUGAGGAAAGAAAUCAAGAGAUUUCUGAUUUAUAAUCACGAUUCAAUCAUUAUGAAUAAGAUCUCGUAUUCUCUAAUAAUAUUAUUCAUGAACUUAAAUCUGAAAUUAAUCAAAAAGAUACAUAAACCUAGCAAUUGCUUGCUUAAAAAGAUUCUUUACUGUAAACUUUUAGAGAAAAUUUGGAACUUUUAGAAAACAAAUUAGUUUAAUCAUAAUAAAACGAGAAAUUGUAAGAGGAAAAAAUUAAUUUGUUUUCGAAAGAUUUAAUGAAUUUAAAUGAUAAAAUCCAUUAACUUGAAAAUGAAUUAAAUCAUUAAAAAGAAUCAAAUUUUUAAUUAAAUCAGCAAGUAAUUAUUAAUGAUCAAGCUAAUGAAAUUUUAUAAAGUUAAUUGUUUUAAUAAACUUAAGAUCAUUAAAAUUUAGUUAUAAAUAAAGACUCUGAACAUGAAAUAACUAAAUAGGAAAAAACAGCAUUGCUUAACCAAUUAUAAUAAAAAUAAGUAGAAUUAGAAGAUAAAACUAAAGAAAUUAAUGAUUUGAAUGAUAAAAAUUAAGUUAUAAUAAUUUAAUUAGAUGAAAAAACGAAUCAACUAAAUCAUCUUUUUGAAGAGUUAUAAUAAACAAAAACUAAUUAAAAUAAUUAUAAUGAACAGCUAAAAUUUUAGUAAUAACAAUUAAAUGAAUUAGAAAAAUAAAAUACUGAAUUAAUAGUUGAUAUAAACUUAAAAACAGAAAGUCUAUUAUAAUUUGAAUAAAAAUUAGAAUUCUCAAUUGAAUUAAAUAGAUAAUUAUAAAAUCAGAUUUGCCAAUUACAAUAACAGAAGAAUGAAGUUGAAAGUAAAAAUAAUGAAUUAGAAAAUUAAAUUAAAUCAUCAUAAAAUGAUGCAGAAACAUAACAGAAAUAAAUAGAAAAUUUGAAAUAAUAGUUAAAUGAAGAAUUAAAUUAAUUUAGAAUAGAGAAAGAUAAUCUUCUCUUAAAAAAUAAAGAGUUUGAAUAAUCACUUUUAAGUCUAUAAUAAAAUUCAUAAGAAUAAAUUACUAAAUUAUAAUCACAAAAUAAUAAUCAUCUACUAAGUGAAGAAUCUUUAAAAUAAGAAAAACUAAAAUUAAUAGAAUAAAUAUUGCUUUAAUGUUUUGAGUUAGAAAGAUUAGGAAAUUAAAAUAAUUAAUAAUAGGGAUAAAUAAAUUCUCUAGAGAAUAAAUUAUCUCAUCUUGAAGAUAAUAUAAAAAAAAUGAAAGAAAGUGAACUUUUAAAUAGUUAAAAAUAAGAUAUUAAAUUAAAAUAGUUGCAAGAAUAAUUAGAUUAAAAUAUCAAGUAAAUUGAUAGUCUAAAAAAUGAUCUUAAAUAUUAGCUUUCUUUAGUAGAAGAAUUAAAUAAAAAAAAUCAUUUCUAAUAAGAAUAAAUAUCUCAUUUAUAAGAUGUAGAGUAACAACUGAAAUUCUUGAAUGAGUAAACAAAUUUCUAGACAAAAAAUUUAUAAAAAGAAUUAGAAAAUAAGAUUGAAUCUGAAAGUUCUCUAAGAUUUAAGUUAGAUAAAUUAUUAGAAGAACUUAAAAUUAAAUAAAUGUAAUUAGUAGAGAUGGAUUCUUAAAUGAGAUUAAUCGAAUAAAAUAAUAAUUUUGAUCUAUCCAAUUUAGAAGAGAGAAACAGUUAUCUAUAAAAUGAAGUGGAAACAUGGAGAUAAAAAUUUUCAAUUUUAAAUAAGGAUUAUCAUAGAGUUCAAGAAGAUUUAAUGAUGCUUCAAGCAGAGUUUGAUGCUUAUAAAAGGAGAGGUCAAGAUUUAAAGAAUAUUAAAGUAAUAAAUUAAUAUUAAAUAUAUUAGGAGUCUACCUAUUUUGAGGUGAGAAAAUCCUCUUUAUAUAAAGAAAAUAUAGAUAUAAAAGGAAGUUAAACUUCAAUAAGUCGACUUUUCAAAGAAAAUAUAUGA